AUUUUCGAUGGUGUCAGAGCACAAAACCCAACAAUUUUCGAUAAAAUUCAUCUCGUGGAAGGCGACCUGACUCUGCCAGAUUUAGAUCUUUUGCAAAAAGACAGAGAUAUGUUGAUAGAGAAUGUAAACAUAGUAUUCCAUGUUGCGGCCACUAUAAAUUUCCAUCUACCAUUGGAUAUGGUCGUCAAUGCAAAUGUGAAAGGUACCGCUAAUAUUAUCAAACUGUGCAAGGAACUCAAGCAUGUAAUUAGCGUUGUCUAUGUGAGCACAGCUUACAGUAAUCCGAAUCUAUCAGACAUCGAGGAAAAGGUCUACACCACGAAUCUAGAUCCCUCUCUCGUGAUAAAUAUAUGUGACCGACAAGACAAAGAAUUGAUUAAUCUGCUCGAAGAAAGAAUUUUAAAAACGUAUCCAAAUACAUACACGUUCGCUAAAAAUCUUGCAGAGCAGACAAUAUCCAACAAUAGCAAAGGAUUGGCUGUUGCGAUCGUACGACCAAGUAUAAUUUGUUGCUCGCUAAAAGAACCGUGCCCUGGUUGGUUGGUAUCUUUUGCUGGACAAUCAGGUAUCUUCAUGAAUAUCGGCAAUGGUAUUGCAAAAGUACUAUUGGGUAAGGCAGAUGUAAUAUCAGAUGUAGUGCCUAUUGAUUAUGUAGUCGAUGUGAUAAUGUGUGCCGCGUGGCACGUCACGCUACAUAUUGAUAAUAGGGUCAAAGUUUACAACUGUACGAGCAGCGCACGUCCCAUCAAGUACGGAAUCGAUAUUUAUUACAGAAUUUGUUUAACUAACGUAACUCAAUUGUUAGAGUAUCCUAAAAGCUUCAGAUGUAUCUUCAUGAAUAUCGGCAAUGGUAUUGCAAAAGUACUAUUGGGUAAGGCAGAUGUAAUAUCAGAUAUAGUGCCUAUUGAUUAUGUAGUCGAUGUGAUAAUGUGUGCCGCGUGGCACGUCACGCUACAUAUUGAUAAUAGGGUCAAAGUUUACAACUGUACGAGCAGCGCACGUCCCAUCAAGUACGGAAUCGAUAUUUAUUACAGAAUUUGUUUAACUAACGUAACUCAAUUGUUAGAGUAUCCUAAAAGCUUCAGAUUCAUUUAAGCAAUGCGAUCAAUAGAAAUGCCAAUGGAUAAAUUGCAUUCCAGUGUGAUUAAUGUACAAAAGAUAAUGAUAAACUUAGAAAAAGAUAUUGAGAACACAAAUGGAUAAGAGCCAGCCAGAUUUUUUUCUGUGAAUAUCUAUACGAUUCAUUUGUUCUAAUGAAGCUGGAUGUGUCAUAGAAACGUCUUUACGUUUUUAAUACUUCUUCGGAAAUAAGAAAGGUAUCUCAAUUCGGUGAGUAGUGACUUUUUCUUUUUUGUUUACCGGUUUCUUCGCAACGGCUUAACGAACCGGAAUUUGCAUCUCGUAGGACAUGUUCUAAAAUAUCCCGUAAUAAUAUUGUUCUGUA